CUUGGCGAUUUAAUAAACAAAGCUUCAACAACCGCUCUUGCGGCGAUAGUGGAUACAAUGACAGGGUAUUCACCUCCUUCAAAUCUAUCGAAUCCGCUUGCGACCAUUGAGCAACUGUCUACGUCAACCUCGCAGCUCGAUGGAAUACCCGCAGACCUGGAAUUAUCCGUUCGAUUUGUCGGCGCACGCUUAACACAAGCAGCGGGCAUCCUGUUACGGCUCCCCCAGGACACUGUCGCUCAAGCAAUUGUGAUUUUCUACAGGUUCUGGAUCGGCGCUGGUGGUGGCAGCUUAAAAGAUCAUGAUGCCAAGGAUGUAUCCGCAGCUGCUCUUUACAUGAUGGCAAAGCUCUCGCCCUACCCGCAAACACCCCGCAACGUCCUGAACGUGUAUUCAUACCUCCUGUCUGAUUCCUCGAAUCUUCUGAGCCCGGCGGACUCAAAAACUCGAGAUCCAGAAGCAUACUACCUUUCCGAAGGAACGUACUACUCGCAAAGGACGCAAUUAUUUCAGACUGAGCGAAAGUUGGCCUUUGCAAUGGGUUUGCAAACCCAUGUGGCGCUUCCUUAUACAAUAGCAAUCAACUACCUUCAGGCGCUGGAUACCUUCGGCCAGCCUAAAAGCAAUGCGCUUGCACAAAGAACGUUCGCGCAUCUGAACACCGCGCUACUAAGCCCCCAAAUGCUUUACCUUACGCAUCAGCCACCCGCCCUAGCCACCGCUGCCAUCUAUCUUGCCGCUCGGGAAUUAGACAUCAAGCUGCCAGAUGAUAACUGGUGGGAGGCAUUUGAUACGGAUAGAGAAGAGCUUGGGUUUCUAGUGGUUGGAAUGCGCAGCGUUGAGGGUUUCGCGGUCAGCGAGAAAGAGAAAUGGGGAAGAAGGUCCGUUCCGCUGACGGUCGAGGCGAUCGAUGCUGAAUUAGAAGCGCGGAGAAUGUUGGAAAAUGGAGAAUAAACGAAGAAGAGCAUAUUUUCUUUCUCUCUCCGGGCCGCGAGGGCGUUGGCGCACAAUACUUAGGUUUCAACGCAUGCGGAGAAUGGGCGUUCAGGAGUCUAGGGACAAGAGAAUCUUUACGAUUACACGUUCGAAUUAUUAGGAAUAUUUUGGUGGAGCAAUUUCACAUAGGUCAAAACAACUAGACCUUUUAUUUUUCUGUCCUUGUACUUAUUUUGUUUCACGAAGAAAAAGAAGAUCAAGCCCACAU